UUUGACGCGACUCAUCCUAGUCUACUUCCCGGGCCCAGCGCAUCCAAUUUGAACCGUUAACUUGUUCCUAUUGACCGUCCUCGUGCCUGCACUAAAACUGUUGUAUUAUUUGUGAUACUGUCCUCAUGUCUUCAGGUAAGAACACUAUAAAGAAGAGCCGCUCACUCCUCCUCUUUUCCCCAAAGUGUUCGAUUACACUGCUGAGGCUUGAAGUCCACACUAGACUUGAGGUCUACAACCCUCUGCUAAAAUAUCACUUUAUCUCCACUUCAUAUCAUGGACCAAUUAGUGUCAUUCGAGGCUCUCCUCUUUCCUUCUGACGGUCGCAAUCCGCAUAUGGUGGCUUUGAUGACAAGCCCCAUGUCGGUACCAGACCCACACGCUCCGUAUAGCACUCUACCUGCUCGGAUGCCACAUCCUGAAGUCUAUAUGGACUACAUCGCCGAAGGCCUCGGUCCCCGAGCCUGGCAUUAUCAUCUUGUCGAGGCUCUCGACGGUAUGAACAAAAAAUUCGCUAAUCCUUACGUCAUCUUCUAUCCAACCGUCUCUCGUGACGGAAUGCCCUUCCCUAUCAAUAAGUGUAUUAGGGAGAUCCAGGGGCGAUCAUUCAGAGAGGCAGCUGCGUGGCGCGGAAAUAUCAUCGUCGCCAAGUAUAGAGAAAGCCCCUUCUCAUCUAUGGUGAAUGGAUCAAUCGCUGACUUUCCGAUAUUGAGGAACUACUUUAUGACGCACGACGCACCUCAGUCUUAAAAACCGGCACCCAGCCGCUGUAUGCGGAUACCGACCCGGAAGAUGCUUC